AUGCUGAAGCCCGGUGACCCCGGCGGAUCAGCUUUCCUCAAGGUGGACCCGGCUUACCUCCAACACUGGCAGCAGCUUUUCCCGGCCAGCAGCCAACUGAAAGGCGGCGUGGGGCUGCUGGGCCAUCCCCUUCAGGCGCCCGAAAGAGUCGUCGACCCAACCUGCGACAACCUUCGGCAGCUCCCGGCCUCUCUCUCUUCGUCCACCUCCUCGUCCUCCUCUUCUUCCUCUUCCUCCUCCUCUUCUUCCACUCCUUCGUCCGCCCCAUCUUCGUGCGCCGUCGCCUCCCUGGCCAGCUUGACUUCGUUGCCGAUGGCGCAGAUCCCCGUCUUUGGGCCGAUCCAAAGCGCCGAUCCCGCGACGGGAGCCCCGCUCUCGCUCUUGCAGACCAAGGACUUGGGAGGGGGCGGCGGCGGCGGCGGCAGCCUGGCCAAGUGCAGCGAGAGGGGGGCGUCCAAGUUUCGCUGCACCGCCGAAGAACUGGACUAUUACCUCUACGGGCAACAGCGCAUGGAGAUCAUUCCCCUCAACCAGCACACCGCAGACCCCAACAAUCGGUGUGACAUGUGUGCCGAUAACAGAAAUGGAGAAUGUCCCAUGCAUGGACCUCUGCACUCUCUGCGCCGCCUGGUGGGAACUAGUAGUGCGGCAGCAGCAGUUCCUCCCCCUGAGAUUCCGGAAUGGCUUCGGGAUCUGCCACGAGAAGUAUGUCUGUGCACCAGCACUGUUCCUGGCUUGGCCUAUGGCAUCUGUGCAGCCCAGAGGAUUCAACAGGGAACAUGGAUUGGGCCUUUCCAGGGAGUUCUCCUUCUGCCAGAAAAGGUGCAAACAGGAGCGAGAAACACUCAGCAUCUCUGGGAAAUAUAUGACCAAGAUGGGACACUACAGCACUUUAUUGAUGGCGGGGAACCCAGUAAGUCAAGUUGGAUGAGAUAUAUUCGAUGUGCACGGCACUGUGGGGAACAAAAUUUAACUGUAGUCCAAUACAGAUCAAAUAUAUUCUACCGAGCUUGCAUGGAUAUUCCCAGAGGCACUGAAUUGUUGGUGUGGUAUAAUGAUAGCUACACAUCAUUCUUUGGAAUCCCUUUACAGUGCAUUGCACAGGAUGAGAACUUGAAUGUUCCUUCAACUGUUAUGGAAGCCAUGUCAAGACAAGACACCCUCCAGCCAUUCAGCAAAAGUAGCAAACCGCCCUCUGCCCCUCCACAACGAUCCAUAGUCUUUCCACAGACUCCAUGUAACAGGAAUUUCUCUCUUCUGGAUAAAUCAGGUUCUCUCGAAUCAGGAUUUAACCAGAUCAAUGUAAAAAACCAACGAGUCCUAGCGAGUCCCACAUCAACGAGUCAAUUAAAUUCUGAGUUUAGUGACUGGCAUCUUUGGAAAUGUGGGCAAUGCUUUAAGACUUUCACCCAGCGGAUCCUCUUGCAAAUGCAUGUUUGUACACAGAACCCUGACAGGCCCUAUCAGUGUGGACACUGCUCCCAAUCCUUCUCCCAACCUUCAGAGCUUCGGAAUCACGUAGUCACUCACUCCAGUGACAGACCUUUCAAGUGUGGCUAUUGCGGUCGUGCCUUUGCUGGUGCUACUACACUCAACAAUCAUAUCCGGACACAUACAGGGGAGAAACCAUUUAAGUGCGAAAGGUGUGAGAGGAGCUUCACCCAAGCCACCCAGCUGAGUCGACACCAGAGGAUGCCCAAUGAGUGCAAGCCAAUAACAGAGAGCACAGAAUCAAUUGAAGUGGAUUAA